GCGGGGCCGGAGCGGGGCCGGGCGGCCCAUGGGGCCGGGCCGCGCUGCCGAUGGAACCGCCGCGCAGUUGUGGCGAUGGCGCAGAGGACGAGAAGAAGCCGCGGCGGCGGGGCGGCGGUGCGGACGCCGGGCCCUCCCAGCUGCGGCGGCGGAGCAGCGGCGGCGCGGCGGGCGCGGACAGCGCGGCGGGUCCGCAGCCCCGCGAACGCGGCGGGUCCGUGAGCCGGCAGCGGCGGGACUCGGUCCGCAAGAACCGCCCGCUCUUUCCCUGGUUUGGCUUGGACAUCGGAGGGACCUUGGUCAAACUGGUUUAUUUUGAACCCAAAGACAUCACGGCCGAAGAGGAAGAGGAAGAAGUAGAAAACCUCAAAAGCAUCCGCAAAUACCUGACAUCCAACGUAGCCUAUGGCUCCACAGGCAUUCGGGAUGUGCACCUUGAGCUCAAGGACCUUACCCUGUGUGGACGUAAAGGCAAUCUGCACUUUAUACGCUUUCCUACUCAUGACAUGCCUGCUUUUAUCCAAAUGGGAAGCGAAAAGCAUUUCUCAAGCCUCCAUACUACCUUAUGUGCCACGGGAGGUGGAGCGUACAAAUUUGAGCAGGACUUUCGCACAAUGGGUGACCUUGAGCUUUGUAAGCUCGAUGAGCUGGAUUGCCUUGUUAAAGGAAUGCUGUACAUCGAUUCUGUGGGCUUCAAUGGACACUCAGAGUGUUACUAUUUCGAGAACCCCACGGAUGCUGAGAGGUGCCAGAAGCUCCCAUUCAACCUGGAGAAUCCCUAUCCUCUGCUUCUGGUGAACAUUGGCUCAGGGGUCAGCAUUUUGGCUGUCUAUUCCAAAGACAACUAUAAACGGGUAACAGGCACCAGCCUUGGAGGCGGAACCUUCUUUGGCCUCUGCUGCCUUCUGACAGGCUGCUCCACGUUCGAGGAGGCCCUGGAGAUGGCAUCCCAUGGGGACAGCACCAAGGUGGACAAACUGGUCAGGGACAUCUAUGGAGGAGACUACGAGCGCUUCGGGCUGCCAGGCUGGGCUGUGGCAUCCAGCUUUGGAAACAUGAUGAGCAAGGAGAAGAGGGAAUCUGUCAGCAAGGAGGACCUGGCCAGGGCCACUUUAAUCACCAUCACCAACAACAUCGGUUCCAUAGCACGGAUGUGUGCCCUUAACGAGAACAUCAACCGUGUGGUGUUCGUGGGCAACUUCCUUCGGAUCAACACCAUCUCCAUGAGGCUCCUGGCCUAUGCCCUGGACUACUGGUCAAAGGGACAGUUAAAAGCACUUUUCUUGGAACAUGAGGGUUACUUCGGUGCGGUCGGUGCUCUCCUGGGACUCCUGGACUCAGCCUGACUCUGCAGGAUCUGUGUUGGACCUCUGGAUUCAGGGCACUCCCUGAGCCACUGAGCCUGUGGUUUGGGAGUCACUGAGCCCGUGUUUCUUGUCACAGUCCCCACUGAGACUGUUCCACUGUGGUGGCCUGUGGGGACAGGUGUCUGUAGGAGUUGAAAUCAUCUGGGAUUACAGUGCAGGUUUGUUCCAAAGGGUGUGAUUGGAAUACACAGGCUGGAUAUUGGGGUGUAUGGGAAGGUCUGUGGGGCAUUUCAGUCACAUGGAAUUGCCCUUUCUAGGUAGUUUUACUCCAGGUUUAAUGAUGGUGACAAAGCAGAGCAGGAGCACUCUGCUCCUUCCAUUGGAAUCCCUUGGAGUCCCAGUACCCAGGUCACUUCUGUGUUCACAAUCUGAGGUUUUCCAUGUGCUGGAAAAUGGUCUGGGAAGGGGGAAAAGCAUCAGCACAGCCUGGUGUGUGCAACUAACUCCACUGGAUCCACACUGAGACACAGCUGUGCUGUCAGCCAGGCUUUAUUUAUCCCUGUUCCACAUGUCCUUAUCUCUGUCCUAGGGACGGAAGGUACAGCACAGCACGGAUCUGUGCCUCAGGGCGAGUCCCAUUUCAGCCUCCAGCACUCCUACACAGUCCUCAGCACCUUUGGGAUGGUGUCGGGGUGUCUGUCAGCCUCCAGCCUUGAAAUCUAUGGAGGAUGCAAAGGGAUAUUUGUUGUUUGUUUGCUCUCUGUUACCAAACUCCACCAAAGAGACACUUCCUUCAGUCACACUUGGAUCUCUGUAAUAUUCCAUGUUACAUUUAUUAAUGGCUACACUCCUGUCAUUUUGGGGGAAUUCUCCCCUUUCCCUGCAUGCUGUGCUUCCUCUUUUCCCUGUGCAUGCUGCCACACAGCCUGCAAGCAGGACACUGCUGUGUGGAGCCCCUGUGGAAGCUGCACCCUUGGGAUGAGGGGUUGGAAUGGAUCCUGCACGCUCAAUAAAUGCUCUCUAAAAGCAA